AUGUCGAUCUUGGACACAUCGGGACCAGCAGUUUGUCGCAUUUGUCGCAGCGGAGAGCUCUCGGCACCAGUCAAAGGAGAACCUUUAUAUUCACCAUGCCGUUGCAAGUAAGUUCAUUUCAUUGUGGUUUACCUGUUUUUAGAGGAACAAUGGGGUUGUUCCACGCAUCUUGCCUGACUAAAUGGUUGGUAACGUCUCGGACACGGUCAUGCGAAAUCUGCAGGACCUUUUUCUAUAUUAAUACGUAUGUUGUUUUAGGUAACAUUUAUUAAAAUUCUUACAUUGUUUUUGCAAUUCUUAUGUAAUUUCUUAGUUUUAUAUUGUUUAAUUUACAGUUUCUAUCCUUCGUUUUGGGAGUAUAUCAGAAAUGAAGCGAGGAAGAACAUCCAGGUGGACUUGUUGUGCUUUCUCUUCCUGACCCCAUUGACUGGUGUCAGUGCUUUUCUGUGUAUUUAUAGUGGAGUCCGGUCAAAUUUGUUUUACAACACUACAGAUGGAUCGUCGGCACCAUUUGCUAUAGGUACGUAUCAUGAUUUAUUAAUGUAGUAUGUUUAUUGAUGUCACUUUACUUUUCUCAUAUUUUUUGAUCAAUUUAUUUUUACUUUGACAUUGUUUUCAGUAACUUAAUUUUUAUUUUUUUAGCGUUGUUAUUUUUAUCCUUCCUGUUGAUCACGAUGUAUCUGAGUUGGCUCGGUGUCACAGUGACACAUCAUCUCACGGUCUUCAGGCAUUACAAAGAGAAUAAUCCGGUAAUUUUUGUUUUUUUUUUUUGGUACUGGAGGUACUGUUGGUACUUGUUUUUCUUAAAAACUUGAUUUUAUUUUUUAUUUUAUUUUUUUUAUGAGUUUUGCAGGGAUUUUGGGUUGCUUAUAUACCUUGAUUUGAAAAAGUUGAUUAUAACUUUGCUAUUUUAGAAGUACCAAGUGAACUUGUCGGAUUCAGACAUCAGCACAGGGACGGUGACUCUCAAAGAGCAACAUGAAAUGGUCAGGAUUGAGGUAAUUUAUUUUAAGACAAUAUUAAGUUAUUGUUUAGGUAUUCGUAUUUUUUAUAAUACCGAAGGCAUAGGCAAGUGAUGACAUAAAAUGGAUUUUAUUUAUCAAUGUAAUUGCAUAUCAUAUUACACUUGUACAUUGUCAUCGUAUUUUAGCACGAAAUCGUGGGCGAAGGGGUCGUCGAAAGCAUAGAACUGAACUCAACUGAUGAUACUGUGCGGAUUCCAGACAGUUUCACUUCAGAAUCCGUGGUACGAUCAUUUACGGCCACUAGUACACCACGACAUGUAAAAUAA